GGACAGGAUCAGGUCAUCCUCGCUUUCCUUUCCAUUGUGAACUUUGCUGUCGGUAAAGGGUAUACCAACAAAGGUUUAUUUGCUUCAGAAUGGGUGGUGAUGUUGCAGCGAUUAGGUUUUGCGCCUUCUUGUUGGGCUUACUUGGUUUGUUAUUCUUAUUGAUCGCCACUCCAACACAUCAUUGGUUUCACGACAGUUCGCCUAAAGGUCCAGGCAGCAAUGUUACGCAAGAAUCCUAUGGUGGAAUAUUUGAAACGUGCGACACUCACACCGGCUCCAGUGGAUAUUACUGCCAUGAUACUAAAGGACACGGAUACGUCAAAGCAACAAAAGCCUUCAUGGUAUUAGCGAUAAUCAUGUAUAUUCUUAUUGUUAUCUAUACAUUGGUGCUGACUUAUACAAAGGGAAUUAGUUACAAAGUUCUUAGCGUUUUAACUGUUAUUGCAGGUGUUUUCAUUUUGGUUGCAAUGUCCAUCUACACAGAUCAACACAAACCGGAAAGCGAUGACAGUGACUUUAAGUUCGGUUAUUCAUUUGCUCUUGGAUGGACAUCAGCUGUGUUCACCAUUAUUGCUGGCAUCUUAAUUUUCUUUGGAAAGCCAGAGUAUCAGAACAUCUAAAAUUGUCGUCUCUUAAUUGUUGUCGUUCUCAUUCACUUAUUUUUUGUAUAAUGGAAUUUAUGCACUGACGUUGGUAGUUUUGAAACUUGUAGUACAAUUCGCCAUAUUAGCCUUUUACUAUUUAAGGUGAAAUAUAGCAUGUGAACUUCUUAUUUUUUUAAAGGAAACUAACUUUUUUGAUAUAUUUUGUAGGAAUAUUUUUAAGUUUCAGUAAAUCGACAUUCGGGAAA